AUGCAUCUACGGAGAGACCACGCAGAAACCAGCACCACCGCCCUCCAGCACUUCAUCAAAUCCAACCCCUUAGGUGUCCUAACUACAUCAAUCACAUCGCCGACAUGCUCAUUUCCUACUCUGCAGGCGACGCAUAUACCAUUCCUCCUCGAUGUCGACGGUGACUUGACGGGCAAUAGCCUCGGCCGCCUCAGAGGGCACAUGGCGCGGGACAACCCACAGGCCAAGGCCGCCGUGGAAGCCCUCGCUCAGUCCACCACGCACAUCCUCGACCAGGACGUCCUGGUUGUAUUCACGUCUCCCAUCCAGCACUACAUCACUACAAACUUUUACUCCGAGACCAUGUCGACGAAUAAGCGCACCGCGCCGACAUGGAACUACUCUGCCGCUCAGGUGUAUGGCCGGGCAAGGAUUCACUGGGACUCCAAACUCCCCGAAACUAGCGACUUCUUAAUCCAGCAGCUGAGUGACCUGGCUAGAGUCGGGGAGAGAGACAUUAUGGGCUUUAAUGAAGGAAACACCUCGCCGAGGCCGUGGAGAGUGGAGGACGCGCCGCCCAGCUAUGUCGAGCGCUCACUCAGGGGCAUCAUUGGGAUAGAAAUCGAGAUUACUAGGUUGGAGGGAAAGGUGAAGAUGAGCCAGGAGUUGAAGGAGGCUGAUAGAGACGGGGUCGUGAAAGGUCUUAGGGCUCUGGGGGGCGAAACGGCUACGAUGAUGGCUGAUUUGGUACGUGAGAGGGGAUUGAUGAAGAUUGCGAACAAGGCGUGA